AUGGGUGGUAAAUCAGGCCACCUGAGGCUACUGGGGCGCUUGGGCGGGACGGCUGCAGGUGCGAAUGUCGGUCGGGGCGGUUGUGGGGCGGCACGGGAACGUGACUAUACAGUGGAUCUUGGGCGACGUGUGGUGUCGCGAAUGCGCGAGACAGUUCGUCGCAGGCCUACAGAGGAGUUUGAGGCGCUGAUUGGCGUCCACGGCGAGCGCAGAACGGAGCUGGGGCCAGGAGAACACCUGCUGUUCUUCAACCCACGGGAUGUGGCGGCCAGCGCGGACGGAUACCACGAGUACGUGACGCCGGGCGCAAUUACGGGCGCAGUGCGCACAUUCCGGCGACGGAUGUGGGCGCAGGGCACGGUGGAGUGGCUACGGCCGCUGUCACACGGCGUGGAGUACGAGUGCACCGAGAGGGUGCGUUUUGUGCGGGAGGUGGGCGGCACACACUACGUGGGCCUCCAGCGCGACAUCGCGGACGGGGCGGGCACGGCGCUGCGCGAGCUGCGGACCCUGGCAUACGCAACGGGCGCGCCGGACGGGCCACGCCGAGAGGCGGUGGCGGUCCCCGCGACGUGCACCGGGUGUGUUCUGGAGCACGAGGUCGUCGCUGCAUACAGCCGACUGACGCUAAACCCGCACCGGAUCCACCUGGACCGGAAGUACUGCGCCAGCGAGGGUUACGCGGACUUGGUUGUCCAAGGCCCGCUCAGCCUGCAGCUGGCGCUGAAAACGGUCGAACAGCAGGGGUUCGCGGGGCUGCACGGUGUGCGCUACAAGAAUACGAAUAUUAUGUAUGCGGGCACUGCCAUCGAGGUGUGCAUAGGCGUGCCCUCGGGUGGAAAACUGGCGCUGUGGAUCAGAGAUGCGGUGGAGCACGAUGUCAACUACCUGGUUGCCGAAGUGGCGCUUUAG